GAGACAUCAAAAAGCCUGGUGUCUGCUCCCGAGGAGACAAUCCCAGUGUGCCUCCACCAGCCCCCCAUCUUCUCCUGACUACCAUCUAGCCAGAGACCGGAGAGCACACCCAAAAAGAAACGAAAAACACCGGUCUAAAGUACAAACCGCAUCCUACAUCCUGCAUGCGAAUACUUCCAAGUUCCAGGGGUGCCUAAGGUCGCGCCCAAGAGUCCAUACGAACCAGGGAACAUCCACUCAGCGGGCUCUCGAUUUGACGCAAUAUGCAGCUUGCAAACUGAGCCAAUUGGCUCCGGAUCAACAUAAACCCAGCUCCUCGAGAUGCACGCUACCACCUGUCUUCGUCGAGGCUUUUGGGGCCGAAGCGUUGAGGAGUUCAAGAGGCUUUCUCACAUCGCGCUCAGGUCCGAGGGAAUAAAAGGGCCAUCUGGUCCCUAUGAGCUGCACUCAUUCCACGACCGGGAAUCGGUCACACGCUGCAAGACCAUGUCAGAUGUUGACAUUGGGGGGUUCUCCAAGUCACACCUGGACUGGGUGAGCUCCCAGACAGCAUCAGCUCCAGGCCCACCGAACACCGCUUCCGCUCCCGCCACAUACGCCAGGUUCCACGGCCUCAUAUCCACAGAACUGCCCACUGGCAGGCCAGAUAUACAGCGGUCGGGUUAUGCCGCCUGGAGGACAUUGGACCAGCCGCGCACAUUGUUUGGGAAAAGCUUGUGGAAUAUCGACUCGUACGCCUAUCUCGCCAUGCGCGUCAAGUCGGAUGGCAGGAGCUACUUUGUCAACGUCCAGACAGAGUCGCUCGUGCCGACCGAUUUGCACCAACAUCGGCUCUUCUCCAAGACGCCCGGCUCGUGGGAAACAAUUCUCAUCAGGUGGAGCGACUUUGUCAGGACGAACCAAGGCUUUGUCGUCGAACCACAGGCAGAGAUCCUUAGGCAAAAGGUGCGGUCAGUCGGUGUCGGCCUGACAGACCGGGUGCCUGGACCGUUCGAGCUAUGCAUAGAGAGGAUAUGGACCACCAAUGAUGAGCGCGAGGCCGACGAUGACAGUUUUUGGCCUACCAGAGAAGGCGGGCUGAGGAACAAACAAGGGGAGACGGUUAGGUGGCGAGGCGCGGCCACCAGGUGACGCUAGUGUGGAGAGCCCCCUGAAGUAUGUGUGGUGAACCUACCAUAUGUACUAUCAUAAAUGCAGCCAUUGCCUGUCCUGAGGGUUGGUACAGUCGAAGCGCUGGACUACACAGACAAGGAAGCUCUAGUUUGGAAUUAACAGGAGCGC